AUGCUCCAACCAAGGGAAGCUGAUGUGCCUGUGCUCUUUCUUGUCUUCAUUGUACUUCCUGUGGUAGCUUAUUUUCUUCUUGGGAGAUGGCAUGAGGCUGCAAGUAAGAAGGCAAGGGUAAGUGUGCUUGCGCAGCGAGCUGCAGAAGAAGCCUUUAGAGUGGAAACAAUGGCCUGCCCGGAUGUUAUGCCUCCAGGGCCUUCUUUGAGAACUAUGCCCUAUUUCAGACCUGCGCCUUCAAUAAGACAGGAAUUCCAUGAAUGUGCAACUUGCCAUGCCCCUGCAAAGACUCGCUGCUCCAGAUGCAAGUCUGUUAGAUACUGCUCUGGAAAGUGUCAAAUAAUACACUGGAGGCAAGGACAUAAGGAAACAUGCCAAAAAUGGCUUGGUAGCGGUUCUAGCAGCUUUGGUGGGUCUGGCCCUGAGGCUUCUGAACAGAUGCCCUUCUUGACUAACUUAAAUUCACCUCUUCCGGGUGGUGACGUUCACUUGCGUGACCUGAACUUUGAUACUUUAUCAGAGCCAUCCUUCCCCACAACUGAUGGCUACAAUCUAGAUUCUGAUCCAUUUCCGACAGACAGAAGCAACAUGAAUAAAUCAAAUCAAGGUCUUCAUACGAGCGAGAAUGGUGCUGUUGGCGCAUCUUAUGAAAAGAACAAUUACAAUGCUGACGAUGAAAUCCGCUCUUCCGAGAUUUUAUCAGGGAACAAGGUGUCAAACAACUAUUUUGGUUGUGCAGAUGGGAUGAGUGGUAAUGGUGAUGCAACUUAUCCUGUCAAAAGUAAUGCACAGCAACCUAGCAAUUGUGCUCCUGAAAUAAGAAAACGGACAAAAUCAAGCAUCACAGUUUAUGAGCCUGACAUGGGGGUCUACUUAACUUCUGAUAUGGUUAGUUCCUGUGAGGGGCCAUAUGCUUCUGCCAGUGAGCCACUGCAAAGGAGUUUGUCAUCUGGAAGAACUAUUGGGAAAGCAAAUUUGGUGAACAAGAGGCCUCCAUGCCCAUCAGGUAAGGUGACUUCAUCACAGAAGUCACAGGAGAGGGUGUCUACAUCAUAUCAAAACGAUGGCCAUGAGAAGAACCCUUGCAACAAAAAUGACCAAAGAUCUAUCCAAACAACUGAAUCAACAAGCAGCAACCUACAAGGAUGCAAUGGAAUCUCAAAGUUUGGAGCAUCCAAGGUUGAAGUUUUAAAGAAGCCCUCAAAAUUUCUCAAAACCAGCCUUGUGGGAUUGAUCAAUGAUAAUAAGAGGAAUAAGGUAUUGUUUCCAUAUGAAGAUCUUGUCAAGUUUUUUCAGUAUGAAGCACGUGGUAUUUCUCCUAGAGGUCUUUUCAAUUGCGGAAACAGCUGCUAUGCUAAUGCUGUUCUACAAUGUCUGAUGUGCACAAAGCCACUGAUGAUCUACCUGCUUCUGAGAUUGCAUUCUAAAGACUGUUGCUCAAAAAAUUGGUGCCUUAUGUGUGAACUUGAGCAAUAUGCUUCAACUUUACGUGAAAGUGGUGGACCCUUAUCUCCAAGUAGAAUUCUUUCUAACCUGAGGAAUAUCGGAUGUCGCUUAGGUGGUGGAACUCAGGAAGAUGCUCAUGAGUUCUUAAGGCAUCUUGUGAUGUCUAUGCAAGCAGCGUGCUUGGAUGGGCUGGGUGGUGAGAAGCACGUUGAACCAAGUUUGCAGGAAACAACACUGAUACAACAGAUGUUUGGUGGCCGUCUUAAAUCCAAGGUUAAGUGCCUCAGAUGCUAUCACGAGUCUGAAAGAUAUGAGAAUAUAAUGGAUCUUACUUUGGAGAUUCAUGGCUGGGUGGAGUCCUUGCAAGAUGCUUUGACGCAAUUCACUGCUCCUGAAGAUUUAGAUGGCGAGAAUAUGUAUAAAUGUGGAAGGUGUUCUGCUUAUGUCAAAGCUAGGAAGCAACUGAGCGUGCAUGAGGUGCCAAACAUAUUAACAGUUGUUCUUAAAAGAUUUCAGACAGGAAAAUAUGGCAAGAUCAACAAAUGUGUCACGUUUCCUGAAAUGUUGGACAUGGUUCCUUUCGUGACUGGCUCUGGUGACAACCCCCCUCUUUAUUUCUUGUAUGCCGUGGUUGUACAUGUGGAUACAGAAAACGCAUCAUUCUCUGGGCACUAUAUAUCAUAUGUCAAAGAUAUGCAGGGCACAUGGUUGAGAAUUGAUGACUCAGAGGUCCAGGUUGUAUCAGUGAAUCAAGUUAUGUCAGAAGGUGCAUAUAUGCUUUUCUACUUGAGGUCUUUUCCCCGACCACCAAGGAUAUACAUUGAGAAGGGGCUCUUGCCUGUUCCAACAACUGUAAAGCGUCAUACAUCAAAAUCCUCCAAGGGCUCUAAACAUGAGCGCAAGCAGACAGAGCUACUCUUUUCUGGAAGUGAUCAAACCUAUGGUAUAUAUGAUUUUAGACCCGAUGGAGAAGGCUACAUGCAAGAUCAGCAUCCAGAGUUGAGAUCCAGAGAUUUCCAUCACGCCGAUGAUGCCUUUGCAGACUCAGUUAGCACAGACUUCUCGGAAGCUACAUCAAGUGAAUGGUCACUGUUUACCAGCUCUGAUGAGUCCUCGUUUACCACUGAAAGCACUAGAGAUUCAUUCAGUGUCGUGGACUAUGGAGACAAUGCUGGUCUCGAUCCGAUUUCCUCUAUAUUUGGGCCAUGUUAUGCUCCAGAACACCCUCCUGGGAAUUUCGUCUCAUGUACCAGGUUCUCGCCUUCCAAUCCACAAACAAGGUACUUUUCAGAGAGCACAGACUUUGUCUCGGACUCUUCCAUGCCGACCCACCCUCACGGCAAUGUACAUAGAGGAAGGUACCCAGAUAGGGCAUGCGCCUCAUCAGCCGAACCUCUUGCUUCAGCACAUCAGCGGAGCGGGUAUGGUCGGUAUCCCCUUAGUAGAGAUGGUUUUGUUCAAACAUCUGGAUUUUGCCAAAUGUAA